AUGGCCAGCCCUUCUGACUGCUCUGAUACCGUCAACUGGCGCCUCGACCCCGUCCAGGACCACUCCGACUGGCCGUACCACGCACAUGCAUCCCUUGCGCUCCCGAUCGAUGCCGAGGAGCUGUUCUUCAAGGCCGAGGGCUCGCGCGCUCACGGCACGUUUGAGGUCUCGCAGUCGACCGACGUCGGCUCGGAGGCCAUCGUCGACAUCGACGUCGCCUACAGGCGCGAGAACGCUCUGGCUGAAACGACUGUGUGCCACCUCAACCCGUCCGAGAACAAGCAUGGCCUCGGGAUCUUCACGGAGCGAUGGAACCACCCUGAGCAUCACCGCCAGCUCCGCUUCCACGUCCACGUCCGUCUCCCGGCGACGAGGAACGGCGACCCGCGCACGAUCAACGCGUUCUACACCGACCUGCCGAUGUUCACGCACCACCUCGCCGAGCUCGCGGACACGGUCGUCUUCAAGAACAUCCGCCUCGCGACGUCGAAUGCCGCGCUCCGGGCCGAUUCGCUGAAGGCCGAGGUCGGCAAGCUCAAGUCCUCGAACGGCAAGAUCGAGGGCACCUUCAACACCUCGGAGUCCCUCGAGCUUCGCACGAGUAACGCGCCGAUCCACGUUACCGCCAACCUGUUCAACGACAAGGACGCCGGCACCGUGCUCACCGCGGACACCAGCAACGGCGCGAUUCAGGCGCACGUUGGACUCUUCGCUCACUCCGUCGACGGUGCGUUCCGCGUCGACACGCGCACGAACAACGCCCCCGCGCGGAUCACGAUCACCGACUCGCCCGCGAACUCGCUGCUCAAUGCCUCCGCGGUCUCGUCGAACGCCCCGGUGAGCUUCGAGGCCCACGCGGCGUUCGAGGGCACGUUCGAGCUGCACUCGACGUGGUUUUCGCCCCCGACGGUCGAGCAGCCGCACCCGGUCGAGGACCCGCUGGGCAAGGGCCGCCACCGCACGGUGCAGGCGAACACGAUCAACCGCGGUGCCAUCCGUGGCCAGGUUAGCUGGGAGCCGAAGCACGAGAAGGCGAAGAGCGGGCACAUCGGGCUGGAGACGUCGAAUGCGCGCGCGACGCUUUUCCUCUGA